AGAUGAGAUAGGUUUUAGGAGAACUAAAAGGACAUACAAAUAAAGUCUUAUUUUAUUAAUAGGAUUAAAAAGAUCCAAAUUUAUUUAUAAGUGCUGCUCUAGAUGAAAAAAUAAUUAUUUGGGAUUUGCAAAAGAAUUUGGUACUUUUUUAGAAAAAGUGUGAAAAUGGAUUACCUUCAGCAAUAGCUAUUAAUUAUCCUUUAUAUGCACUUUCUUAUAAAAAAGAUGGCAAAACAAGAAUAGAAAAUGUUACAGAGAAAUCAAAAAGUAUUGUGUUAUCAAGAAAUUUAAGAGAGGUCUUUUUCUUAUAAUUUUUUAAAGAGUAAAUAAUUGUGGGAAGUCAUGAUUUAAAUAUUUGCAUUUGGGAUUAUAAGAAAUAAAUAAUAAUUAAAGCGAUUUAAGUAGAACCUAUUUAAGAAUUAAUAUAAAAUAGUUAUUAUCCAGAAUAAUUGAUACACAUUUCAUAUGCUGGAUUAAUCAAAUAUAUCAAUUUCGUAAGAAUGAGAUUAGAAAAUGUAUUUACUAUUAGAGGAGCUUAUGAAAUACAAUUAUCAAAUAAUAGAUUUUUCUAAAUUGUUACCACGAUGGGUCCUCCUGCGAAAUUUAUAUUAUUAAAUAAUAAAAACAAAAUGUUAAGGAUCUAUUUAUAAAAAAUUCCUUCAUCAAAUUGCGUUUUUUCAAAAAUCAAUAAUGAUAUUUUUUUUAAAAAGUUAAAUUUGCUAUGUUAACUUGAUAUAAAAACUUAGUAAGAAACAAAUAUAUUUAACCUAUAACCAGAUGAAUGGAUAGAUACAUUAAAACAAGGGGAAUUAUUAGUUAUCAGCUAAUAAAAACUAACAAAAAUAAAAGUAUGA